AUGGAUCCUGAUGUAAUGACUACGCUUUUGGGAGAUGUUAUCUACAAUAUAGAAGAAGAAGAAUACUGGGAGGCUUGCCAACAUGCAUUGAAAAACCCAUGUGAAGUAGGAACAGAUGAUGAAAAUGAUGAAGGGGGAGAAGCCCCUAGUGAUGAUGGUGAAGGUAGUAAUAGCAAGAGUGAUAAUAGUGGCGGCAAUAGUAGUAGUGACAUUGGAGAUGGUGGGGAAAAUAAAAGCAAUGAUAUUGAUAGUGAAAAGAGCAGUAAUGAAGACUAUAAUAGCCAAGAUAGUGGCAAUGAUAGGGGAGAACCCCUUAAGGAUGAUGCAGAAGAUGUGGGUAGAGAUAUAAAGGAUGAUGUAGAAGUCGAGGAUGAAGAUGUAGGAGAUGAUGUAGAAGCCAAGGUUGAAGAUGUAGAGGAGGAUGUAGAAGCUGAAGGUGAAGAUUAUGAUGAAUACCCCAAUGGGCGACCUUUGGAUUAG